AUGUUUCUCAUUGUCGAGGAGCUCAGGACUGCACUUACGAGUGCCGAAUGUGGAGUGAAUGCAGAUGUUGAGAAACAUCUUGAAUUGGGGAAGAAAUUGCUUGCUGCUGGACAGCUAGCUGAUGCGUUAUCACAGUUUCAUGCUGCAGUAGAUGGUGACCCAGAUAACUAUGUUGCUUACUAUAGAAGAGCUACUGCCUUUUUAGCUAUGGGAAAAUCAAAAGCAGCACUUCCUGAUUUAAGUAAAGUGAUUGAAUUGAAGAUGGAUUUCACUGCAGCAAGAUUACAGAGAGGCCACUUAUUACUCAAACAAGGAAAACUUGAUGAAGCAGAAGAUGAUUUUAAAAAAGUGCUCAAAUCUAAUCCAAGUGAAAAUGAAGAAAAGGAAGCCCAAUCCCAACUCAUAAAAUCUGAUGAAAUGCAGCGUUUGCGUUCACAGGCCCUUGAUGCUUUUGAAAAUUCAGAUUAUAUUGGUGCUAUAACCUCCCUUGACAAGAUUUUAGAGGUUUGUGUUUGGGAUGCUGAUCUACGGGAACUUCGAGCUGAGUGUUUUAUAAAAGAAGGGGAACCUAGGAAAGCAAUAAGUGACUUAAAAGCUGCAUCAAAAUUGAAGAAUGACAAUACUGAGGCUUUUUAUAAAAUCAGCACACUGUACUACCAACUAGGAGAUCAUGAACUAUCCCUCAGUGAAGUUCGUGAAUGCCUUAAACUUGACCAGGAUCAUAAAAGAUGUUUUGCACACUAUAAACAAGUAAAGAAACUUAAUAAGCUGAUUGAGUCAGCUGAGGAACUCAUCAGAGAUGGCAGAUACACAGAUGCGACCAGCAAGUAUGAAUCUGUCAUGAAGACAGAGCCUAGUGUUUCUGAAUAUACAAUUCGUUCAAAAGAAAGGAUUUGCCACUGCUUUUCUAAGGAUGAGAAGCCUGUUGAAGCUAUUCGAGUGUGUUCCGAGGUUUUACAGAUGGAACCUGACAAUGUGAAUGCUCUGAAAGACCGAGCAGAGGCCUAUUUAAUAGAGGAAAUGUAUGAUGAAGCUAUUCAGGAUUAUGAAACUGCUCAGGAACACAAUGAAAAUGACCAGCAGAUUCGGGAAGGUCUAGAGAAAGCACAAAGACUAUUGAAACAGUCACAGAAAAGAGAUUAUUAUAAAAUCUUGGGAGUAAAAAGAAAUGCCAAAAAGCAAGAAAUCAUUAAAGCAUACCGAAAAUUAGCAAUGCAGUGGCACCCAGAUAACUUCCAGAAUGAAGAAGAAAAGAAAAAAGCUGAGAAAAAAUUCAUCGACAUUGCAGCUGCUAAAGAAGUCCUCUCUGAUCCAGAAAUGAGGAAGAAGUUUGAUGAUGGAGAAGACCCUCUGGAUGCAGAGAGCCAACAAGGAGGUGGUGGCAACCCUUUCCACAGAAGCUGGAACUCAUGGCAAGGGUUCAAUCCCUUCAGCUCAGGCGGACCUUUUCGAUUUAAGUUCCACUUCAAUUAAACCAGCUGUUUUUUUUUCCUCUCUCUCUUAUUCCUUACAUUUUUUUAAAGAUUAAAAAAAAAAACCUUGUUCCAGGAUCCUAAAGAAAAAAAAAAUUCAAAUAUUUUAGUUUGUCCAUGACCAAAGAGUUGUUUUAAUAAGAAAAAUCUGUUCUUCUCCAUUUUAGACUUGAGGUGGAUGGGUUUGUAAUGGCCGGGAGCUGAGGAAUGUCUGGGGAAGUGGUCUGAGGCAGGCUCACCUGGUCUGUGUUUUUCUAUGCUGCAGCAUGUAGAAAUGAUUUUCUUCACAGCCUUGCAUAGUAUGUCAGUGCCUAUGUGUAUAAGAAGGAGCUGUACGUAACCUUCAUGAGAAUGGGUUAUAUUUCAGUAUUCUUAAAGAGAAUAUUAACAUUUUGAGCUAUUUGUUCUUAGGGACAAUUUUGUUUAGAUUUUGGUCAAUACAGUCACUUGCAAAUAUUGUUAAAUUACAGAGCCUCCUUUAAUCCACAUGCAUUUCCAUCCCCCACCAGCAUGAACACGGCUGACACUGGGGGGAAGGAAGGGAACUUGAGCUCAUGAAUUAGAGAACCUGCUACCCAAAUGGUAGUCAAUGUAGCCAGGCUUAUACUUUGGAUUGAUGGUAAGCAUAUACUUUGUAUUUUGUUGUUGAGUAUCUCUGCAAGAGAAUACUAAAAACCACUGACAUAGAAUUAAUUGUAAAACCUAUGGGCCUUUUAUUUAACAUGAAACAUAACAUAUUAACUUAAAAGUUAUGCAUAAAAUAGGUUCAGAUAAGAUAGCAGUGGUUUUAUGUAAAAUAAAUUUGCUGAGAUGCAGAGUGAACUACUUCAACAACUGAAAUUGAGAGUUAAACCAUUUCCUAUAACAGGAUUGUCAUAGAAAUGUAAAGUUACUCAGUUAACAUCAACAGAAUGCCCUCUUCCCCACCUUUAAUCCAUACAGUGGGGCAGGUUCUCUUACCUCCUGGCAGACCCGCUUGGACUGUAGUAACGCCCACAUGGGGCCUGUUUCAAGUGGGCAUGAAACAGCAGACCCACCCCUUCACCAGACCUGGAUGCCACUACAUGGUCUCCUGCCUGCAGGCUUACAAAUGUAGUCAGCUCUGGCUAUAUUUCCACUAUCAAGAUGGCAUCUCUUCUUGGGAUUCUUUCUUCUUACCUUUGAAGAAAUGAACUAUUCAAUCUUUGUUUAUUUGAUAUUUUUUCCCCUAAAAAAAAUGAGUGUUACUUUAAUCAAGAAUAUUAAAUAUUUAUGGAACUAUU